GCGUCCGGCGAUGGGCAGGGACUGUACGAUACUCUUUCCUUUUCCUCUUCCUCCACCUGUUACUCCAUCAUAUACCCCACCCUCAAAGCAUUUCGGGAGAUAGCUUGCUAAUUGCUACUACUUCAUUGUAUCUAAUGAAGAUCACCAUCCAUGUCUGUAGCCACGGUAACGAUUCCGCCCAACAGCUCGCAGACAUACUCGUCGAGGAUAAAUCCGGGAUUUUCAAGAAGCCCGACUCCAACGAUACUUCUGUGGUGACCAUGGCCAGUCCCUAUCGCUUGGGCAUGCCGGUCAAUGUUGAGAUCACUGCUUCUCGUGCUCGAAGAGAGACGCAUCCUGGUUACACUCCCGAUAUGAGAAUUUUCCAGGACGCUUUCGAGACGGAGGACAAGUCGUUGGAUGAGCUUGAAGGCAAUGUCUUCAUUCCGUUCCUCCCGCUUGAACAUGUAGUCCUAUUGGAAAUGGUGCAGCCGUCCUGCAGCGCCGAUACCGUGUGGAGGCUAGCCAGCCGGCUGAAACCAGGACAUCGGUGGUCUGAAAACCUUCAGAAAGUGAUUGAGGACAUUCUGAAAAACUUCGUUGACUCGCAGGAAAGAGGAUGGUGGGGAAAGAGAUCUAAGGAGCAGUGGGAGGAACAUCUCCGUAUUGUUGAUAGCGGUUCUCACGUUGCCUCUCCCUCCUGAUUCCUGAAGUUUUAUUACCCCAUCCUUCUCAUUCUUUUGCAAUCUUUUAAAAGGUCAAAUUCAUCCUUCAAUUAUACAUGCAGCUAUUGUUUUCUUUCUUCUUCAAACCCUGGAUACAGACUGUCAUUGAAUUUGGGUUUAAAAAUCUUGGGAUA